ACAUUCCCGUAUCUAAAUAAAAAGCCUUGACAUUGACCUUUGCAACCCUACCAUUUUGAGAACAGCUCGAGAAACAGCGGCAUGCAUAAAUGUAUGACAGUUUGUUGAAAAUGGUGUUUUUAACCGAGCAGCUGUUAAUAACUUUGCUAUCAUUUUUAUUUCUUCCAGUUUUAAUCCUUCUUCUGAUCACUAUAGCUCUUGCAUCAGUUGGAAAAUCACUGGGAAUACGCCGCAGAUAUGUGGCUUUGUUGUUGAGAGUCUUUGAGUAUAUUGGCACAAAGCUUGUAGACCAACAGGAAAAUGAAGAAGAUGAAGAGAGUGACAUAGAGGAGGAGAAGGUCAAUCAAGAACAAAUCAUUGAAACAGAAAGCAGCAUUGGGGAAACUGGUCAUGUGAUCAAGCGAGACUUUGCAAUAUCCGUCUCCCAAGGGCUGACCCGUCCAGAGUGGGAACCAUUAAAGAAAAAUUUUGAACUUUCUGAUAUUUGUCACUUCUCCAAAUGUGGUAUAGAGGCUAUUAUUGAAGAUGACGUCACCAAACGGUUCAAUGCUCAUGAGCUGGAAUCUUGGAAUCUUCUCACAAGAAGCAACAAAGGAUACCCUCUAACCAAAAACAUUCGCCUUACAGUAUUGUGGUGCAUUGGAUUUUUUGUGCGCUAUGUGCUGCUGUUUCCCUUCAGGCUUGCACUGGCUAUCAUAGGAAUUUUGUGGCUUAUUGUGUCAACUGCUUUCAUUGGUUACCUUCCUCCAAGCAGAUUCAAGAGAUGUUUGAACCAGUAUGCAACACUGAUGUGUUUUCGCUUAUUGGCUAGGUCCUGCUCUGCUGUUAUCACCUUUCACAAUGAGCAGAAUAAAGCAAAAAAUGGAAUUGUUGUAGCAAAUCAUACAUCACCGAUUGACGUCAUUGUGCUUUCCUGUGACAAUUGCUAUGCAAUGGUUGGUCAGGCUCAAGGAGGGCUCCUAGGGGUGUUGCAGCGAGCUAUGGGACGGGCCACUGCCCAUGUUUGGUUUGAAAGAUCAGAGAUGAAAGACAGGCAUCUUGUGGCCAAAAGAUUGAAGGAACAUGUUCAAGAUGCUAGCAAGCUUCCAAUGCUAAUAUUUCCAGAAGGAACUUGCAUAAACAAUACAUCAGUAAUGAUGUUCAAAAAGGGAAGCUUUGAAGUGGCAACAACAAUAUAUCCAGUGGCUAUCAAGUAUGAUCUCAGGUUUGGUGAUGCCUUUUGGGACAGCAGCAAACAUGGGAUGGUGAGUCAUCUAUUUAAUAUUUUGACCAGCUGGGCCCUUGUCUGUGACAUCUGGUACCUGCAGCCUAUGGUCAAAACGGAAAGAGAAGAUGCUGUAGAGUUUGCCAACCGUGUGAAAAGAGAGAUUGCACAGCAAGGAGGCCUAGUGGACCUAGAUUGGGAUGGACAGCUUAAGAGGAUGCAGGCAAAGGAGGCCUGGAAGAAAAAGCCCCAGGAGCAGUACAGCAACAUGUUGAAAGUGGAAUAAAGUUAAGAACAGCCUGGUAUCCUGCAACAGCCAUGACCAUGAUUUUACGCUUCAUGCACCAAGGCGCAGUGAUUACGUCCACUGCUUUAGUUGUCUAGAGGGUUGCCAAGAGUGCAAGCUUGUGACUGUUGAAAAAAACUUGAACUGUGUAUCAAAAACUCGGACAACAUAAGUAGGUCUGCCCUUACAUAGAAGGAAGUAUGAUUUGGAUGUGCACACCACGUAAAAAUCUUGAGAUGCUCAAAAUGAGGGAACUGACCACUUUCAGAAUAAACAGGCAGGGAAUUGGCUUGAUUGGAUGUACUGAUAAAACUGCUCCGUAUCUCAAGUGUUGAUGUGAUGAUAAAGCUGAUCACCUUUUUUGCUGGGCCGGGUGGGUAAGGCAAUGAUGACUAUAAUGAUAAACUAAUUGAGUUGGUAGUAGGGAGGGUAGUGAAAGUGGGAUUCUUUCAAGAUUAAAUCAGUUCGACCUCCGUAACUUGAGGACACAUACAGCUAGCUCAAGAAUGUUAGCAAUAAAUGUUUUUAAUACCAUUAAUUUCAAAAGUGGAAACCAAGUUGUUCAUUUUGAAGAUCUGUAAUUUUGUGAACAUGUUUGACAUAUCGUUUCAUUUUUAAAAAAAUGUUAAGCAAGAACUAAUGUGGUCACUGAGAUUAGCAUGGAUUUAUGUGGAUGGUCAAGGGGGUGGGAUGUGAAGUGUACAUAUUUCAACUCUACUUAAUGAAGAUUACUAGUACAUCACAUUUCCUGAUGCUUUGGUUCAAUAUAAUUUGCAAAAGAUAGCCAUUUGAGUAUAAGGAAGUGUGAAUAAACACAUAACUGCACUGCUGAAGAAGGGGUGUCAUCGUUUCUACUUAGUUGUGCUGCUUCUGUCCUUGUCAAAGAAAUUUUUUAGGUACAUUUCAAAAAAUGUAAAUGUGAAAAUGAAAGUCACCAAUACUUAAUUGGUGUAGCAAAGAAUUCAGAGUUAUUUUUCUAUAAUAUUCAGAUGCACCUUUUCAAAGUUGACAACCAGUCCCCAAUUGUUCGCAAGGGAACUCUGCUGUGUUGACAGAGACUUUUUUUUUAACUGUUGUUGAUGUGUCCUACACGAACUAUGUUCUUAUGUGUAAUUGUAUUUGCUUGCAGACAAUCCUUUAUGAGGUAGAUUUUUUAGUUUUGGUUUUUUGGGGGGAGGGAAUGUUUUAUCUCUUGGCUUUACACUUUGCAAUUAAGAAAAGUAAUUUAAAAAAAUUAUAACAGGUGCUUAGAUUUACUUUUAUAUCAUAUUUUGGGACUUGCAGGAAAAAAAGGUCUCAGUGUAAUAAUAAUAAAUGCAAAACUUUUUAAAGUGCAUACUGCCACUACUAAGGAGUAUGCUCUUAAGAACAAGAACAAACAUGGACAGCAAAACAAAUAACAUAUAAGCUAUAAAAGAAUUAACAACUGUACUAAAUGAAGAAUAAAAUCAGAGUCCAUCGAUAAUUUCUAAAGUUCAGCUUGUUGAAAGUGAUUCCCUAUUAGGGGCAAAAAGUUGACAGGAAGCUUGCAAAAACCCCAGAGGAUGUUUUGUGUACCAUGUGACAGAAAUACGUGCCAUAUCAAGAUCUAGACCACUAUCUAGUCCUGGCAGUUCAGUGCAUUGAUUUCAGUGGGCUGGCUUCAUGGAACUUCAUUUUUCAUCUCAGAUAUUUUUCCCUAUAAAUUAAGCUUUUGAUACCCAGCUGCUGAUGCUUCAAUAAUAGUCAUUUUGGAGUAUGUUUGUAUUUGGUAUUAUGUAAAAAAAUUUGAGUUGAUGCUGCAGGUGGGAGUCCCAAAGAAACUGCAGAUCUGAUUUGUUUAGUCGAUAUUGUUUUCUGUGUUGUGAAUGCAGGCUAAUAAAAUUCUUCUAAAGAAAACAACCCCCUCAAAACUGCUGCAUUAUUCAUGGCUGCGUGGCCCUAUGCUCCUCAAGGAGUAACAAGGACUAAACUAUUUAUGUCUGCAUCAAAUUGACCGACACUUCUUCCAUCCUUGAUGGCAUAUAAAUUUUGAAAAUUGCUUUUAUAAUACUUUACCUAAAUAAAAUAAAAAAGCAAAAUUGUAUUUUUUAACGGUGUACAUAUAAACUGAAGAACAUCUCAAGGAUGUUUGUGGAAACUUUUUUUAAAAAAUUGGACAUCAUUUUAUGUGACUAAUACCCAUAAAUUUCCUAAAUCAAAAAAUCAGAUGCAACAUAGUUCAUUUUACGUCUCACAAUGAUAAAUUGUUGUCCAAACUAAUCUGUUCAAGUGUUUUCACAUUUUUUUAAAUGUCAAAUGUAAGGGAAGAUGGGUAGCUUAUGCCUUGGCAUUUCAUGGGCAAACUUAGAUUGCAGAUGACUUGCAUAUUGCGAGCUUUCACUCUACUGAUCAGAGAGUUGCCACAUUUAAAAGACCCACUAAUCGCUAAAAAUGGGCAUUAUUUUGUCUUGUUACCAACAAGUGAUUAUGGGUAUUGUAUUUACAUGAUUAUGUGCAAAUUUUUAUUAAUGCAGUCUUGUUCCAAUUUGUAUAAUUUCCUUUUACAACUGUUUGUAGGAUCAUUUACCUGCCACAAGCAGAAAAUAGUGGGUCUGCAUUUUUCUAAAAUUAAACUAUCACAAGACCUCAUUUGUGUUUUGCUCAGCAACACCAUUAAGUUUGAGGCAAAAACUUUCACAUUUCACUUUCUUUUGUUAUCCAAAUUAAUAAUAAUUUUUAAAAGAAGGUAUGUGGGAGAGGUAAGAAAACCAUGAAUGAUAACCAUCUUGUACUUACUAUCCACUGCAGCCUGAUAAAUGCCAUAGAGCAAUGGGGUCAGGAAAAUGAAAUUGUUGUGAACUUAGUGUGAGCAAAGAUCUUAACACCAUGCUUUGUUGACUUAUGGGGUAGUGACUAAUAGAUCCGAACAGCUGAGCAUAUUUGUACAAGCAUAUAAUUAAAGUAAGGUCGGAUAAUUUAGAGAUCCUGGUUGCAGGACUCAAUUAUUCAGUGGAUAAAUCCUAAUAAAGGAGUACAUAUGAAUAUGUUCCCUGUGAAGUAAUGUGUAUGGAUGAGAAUGUGGUGUGCACUAGACAUGGUUCCUUAAACAAUUGCAUAGUCCUCCCCCAAAAUGUAAAAUACCCACUAAGUACCUAACUAAGAAUCUUGUUAAACACAUGGCAUUAAAUUUUUUUACCACAUC